GUCCUGCAGCUCCCAUCAGCAUCAUCAGCCUCAUCCCUCUCAUUCGCUUCUCCAGCCUUCAACCAGCAGCCUCCCCUAGGCCCGAGCUCCUCUCAUCUCGGAAAUGGCCACCCUCGCCCCCGUCCGAUGAAUAUGCUCCUCACCGCUCAGUCGUCUGCCCAUCAGCCUCAUAUCAACAACACUCAUUCUGCGCUCGAUUCAAAGCUCUCCUCUAGAAAUGUUCAGGCUGCUGCCGUCGCUGCCUUGACCUCAAACUUCAUCGCUGCAACCGACCUGUCCUCUCGUGCCGGUCAGACCUUGAACAUCCUCGGUAUGACUGUUCAAACAAAACUCACUACCCCACCAGCCUUCCCCCCCGGACCUGCCGCCAUCGCAGCCACACAACAUUCCCUCGCUCUGGCUCAACAGCAACAGCAACUGAUCAACCAACCCACUUCGGCUCCCAUCCCUCAUCAUACCAACACCCAUCCUCAUCCCCUCCCACUCAUCCAAAAUCACAACCAACCCCGCCCGCUCUCUCAGGCCAUCCUACCAGCUCAACGUCCGCCCAGCUCACUACUACCCGGUUCCCUCCGACCAUCUCACUCAUCCACCACUACCACCACCACCACCACCACCACCGCCAUCAUGCUCAAUAAUACCUGCCCAUCCGCUCCAACAAACCUCACCGGCCCAACCGCUCCGACCGGAACCCACCUCGCCGUCCACAACGAGCAGCCCAAUCACGUCUCCCAGGUCGAGAGGAUCUGGCGAUCGGCCCAAGAAGGACAAUGUACCGAACGAGCCCGCGACUAUCUACUCAGCUAUGCUCAUGCCGUCUACUCAAAAAAAUCAAACGAUCCUUGCCUACUGCCGCUGCUUCAUACCCUCAUCAAACUACAUCCCAAACACCUUCCGACUCUCCUACUUCUCUCCUGCGUCUAUUACUCUCAAGGCGAUUACGUUAGCUCUUUGUUCCACAACGAUCAGAUCUUGAUGCUCGAUCCAGAAUAUGUCGAAGCCAUGAGUAAUGUGGGUACCACCAAGCGUGCUUUAGGAAGUUGGGCUGAGGCAGAAGAGUGGUGGUGGCGAGCUAUCAAGCUCAGACCUACAUACUUCGAUGCCUUUGAUAAUCUUCUCGGCGUUUUAUGUAAUCCGCAAUCGCCCCCUGUGGCUCAUGGCAUCCAUCCAGUCCAGCCACCAUCCACACAACCCCGAUAUAGUGAAGCGUUACGUCUGUGUACAUUUGUAGAAACGGCUCUCUUUGGAUCUCUUGACCAACAACUUCGACCGAUCCGACUACCUUCAACGAUACCCCCCUCACAUGCACAUCGAGUUCAAAACUUAUUCUAUGCUAAGGGUAAUCUCCUCAUCGCCAUGGGCAAGGUCAGCCAAGCCCGUCACGAGUAUGAAAAAGCACUCGAAGUGGUUUGUGGACCUCCGCUCCGGAAAUCAGCAACCUCGAUAUCAACUUCAACCGGUGGAUAUGCUCUAAUCGACUUAGUCCUUGCGACCACUUCCAUCGGGAUCUUCAUGAUGGCACUUAACGGUAGUCUGACUGGCUCGAUCGGUGAUCCGAUGGUUCUCAAGGCACUCUCUGCUACUGGGAUUUGGGAUCCAAACCAAUCCGGUUAUCAGGCCAUACUAGCCGAUCCUCUCAAAGCUGCCAAGCAACGCCGACAGAUCAUCAAGAGCAAACUUCUUCAAAUGGGCGGUGGAAUUCUGCCCUACGUCUUGCUUCUACCUGAAAGCUUAGAUCAACUGAUCGCAACCGUCUUCAAUGCUACUAAUCGUGUCCUGCCCGUCUUCCAAAACCAUUCGCCAUCCCCCUCGAAUGGGGAAUCAAUCCGGAAUGCUGCCUUCCAAUCUGCUAACCAAACCACUAGCACUGUUCUCCUAACACUCGCCAAAUGUCUUCAAGAUGCUAUCUCGGCUCCGAUGGGAGUUGGCGAGAACGAUUCGAGCCUCGAUGGAAUCCCUCCUUCUUCAUCCUUACUACUAUCUCUUUACUAUAUCGCCAUUACCCUUCAUCCUUCCCCCUCUACAUGUAACAAUCUUGGUAUCCUUCUUUCAACUAUUCCCUCCACCCUCACACUCAACAAUCCUUCUCAAGGUCGACGGGUCAUCAAUGGUCAACAGAUCGCCCACACAUUUUACGUUCAAGGAUUGCAAAAGGAUCGAAACCACCCUCACCUCUAUACCAAUCUAGGAUCCUUACUCAAAGACAUGGGCCAGCUCCCACAAGCAGUUUCGAUGUACGAGAAAGCCGUCCAAUGUAAUCCGAACUUUGACGUUGCGCUUGCCAAUCUGGCGAACGCAAUCAAAGACAUGGGUCGUGUGCAGGAGUCAGUUCAAUGGUAUGUUCGUGCGGUCUCGAUCAACCCGAAUUUCCCAGAGGCAGUCUGCGGUCUAGUCAAUGCGCUUGGUGGAGUUUGUGAUUGGCGUGACCGGGGUGCUGUGGGAAGCGAGCCAGUUGUCGAUAGACAUGGCAAGCUACUCGGACCACCCUCUCCAGCUGCAGAUGGGAAGCUUCGGGCCGGUCUGAUGGGUAAAGUGUCUAGACUAGUUGACAAACAACUUGACGAAGGUAUGGCCUACGGACGGGGCGUGAUGAGGCAAGCAGCAUCUCUCGAUCAAUGGCUAGAAGCCAUCGCAAUCGUCAAGACUGGUCGGAUGGAUGGGCUGAAUGAAGAGGAGCGCAAGAAGUGGCGGAGCAAGUUUGAGGUGUUUUGUGGAUCGACAGCGCAUGACUCUAGGACAGUCACCGCAGCCGGUACGGACCGGUACAACGAGGGUGGAUUCCUGAUCCGGUUGAUUGAGCGUUGUAACCGUCAAAUUCAACGUCGGUGGUACGUCGACACGUAUGGUGAGGUGGUUAGUCUAACCAAAGGCAAGGCACCGGCUAUCGAGUUGGCCACCGAUGGCUCCUUGAGUAAAUAUCGUCGAUUAUCACUCCCUUCCGCCUUACCGGUACCUCCGGUGCCGACAGUCUUACCCUUUCACACGUUCACUUACCCAUUAACCGCACGAGAAUGUCGCCUGAUUUCCCAUCGCAAUGCCCUCCGGAUCUCUCUUGGUACUCUUAACCAACCUUGGAUUCCAUCAUCAGUCUAUCCACCCCCGCCGCCGCCAUGUCCAGAGAUAGAUGAACACUCAGACCCUCCCGGCAUCGCUCGACUCCGGAUCGGAUACGUCUCUUCGGACUUCAACAAUCAUCCUCUCGCCCAUCUCAUGCAAUCUGUCUUCGGUAUUCAUAACCGCGCCAAAUUCGCUGUCGUCUGUUAUGCGACCAGCCCAUCCGAUGGCUCUAUUUAUCGCAAGAAAAUUGAACAGGAAGUCGAAUCUUUCAAAGACGUUUCUGGUUGGUCUCACGAAGAAGUCGUCAAAGAGAUCCUCAAGGAUCGUAUCCACAUCCUGAUUAACCUCAAUGGAUACACCAAAGGAGCCAAGAACGAGAUUUUUGCUGCCAGACCUUGUCCGGUCCAAAUGGAAUUUAUGGGAUUCGCCGGGACUUUGGCCAGUGGAUGGACUGAUUGGAUUAUUGCUGAUCCCGUUGUUUGCCCUCCAAGAAUGGUCUCAGGCGAAAGAUGGAGGAGGAGGCAUCAUCUGAGCAAACUGCAGUCUUUCUGUACCUCUCACGACGGCCAGGAUGGACAAGCAAAUGGCCCCUCUUCACUGUUGCAAUCAGAGCAGGAAGAGCCUCGGAUGGUGGAGUUGGUCGAUGAUGGACCGACGGAUUUUGAUGGUGAUUUAGAUCCAGAAAGUAUGGAUGAAAAUUGGGUGUACACCGAAAAGUUCAUCUAUAUGCCUCAUUCUUAUUUUGUGUGUGAUCAUAAGCAAGGAUUCAGGGAAGAACUUGCACAAGAUAUCAGUGGAGGGGUCGACCUGAACGGCGUUCCGAUCAACUUCAAACGAGAACCACUCCUCCUCCAACAACAACAACAACACGUCGUCCAACCAUUAACGGCACAAUCACAACAACAACAACCUGCUCUACUGAAGGAGCCGGCCAGUAAAGAAAUUGAAUGGGAGACCGAAGAGUUCAAGCGCUGGAAAAUGAGGAGGGAGAUGUUCCCAGACUUGGACGAGCAGACGGUGAUCUUUGCGAACUUCAACCAGCUCUACAAGAUCGAUCCCCUGAUCUUCAAGUAUUGGCUCGACAUUCUUGCCGCUAUUCCAAACUCGAUCCUCUGGCUCCUCAGAUUCCCUGCCCCCGGCGAACCACAUCUUAAGAUCACCGCCGAGCGUUGGGCCGGUAGGGAAGUUGCCGGCCGGAUCCGGUUCACCGAUGUUGCCCCUAAACCUAUUCAUAUCAAGAGAGGAAGGAUUGCCGAUCUCUUUUUGGAUUCAACUGAGUGUAACGCGCACACGACAGCUGCCGAUAUUCUAUGGAGUGGAACACCGAUUUUGACCCUGCCACGGCCGACGCACGCACAUAAGAUGUGUAGUCGGGUGGCGGCGAGUAUUGCUCUUGCGACGGGGUACGGAUCGCAAAUGAUAGCGACGAGUAUGGAUGACUACAAGGAGCGAGCGAUUCGGUUUGGCCGGAGUGUGCGGUAUGUGCCCCGAAUGAACCAAGCAGGUACGGAGGGGUACAUGUCGGGUGAGCUGGUGGAAGGCGGCUUGAUUGAACUUCGACAGAGACUAUUCUUUAAUCGGGAGAGAUCGGCACUCUUCGACACGGUCCGUUGGACCCGGAAUCUCGAACGCGGACUCUGGGAGGCCUGGCGUCGGUUCGUCGAGGGCACGGAUUGCGAGGAAUCCUUGGAAUGGAAAUCUCCGCUCUCCCCUGGCGCGGCCCAGGCUCAUCACUCUUGCUCGAUUUGGGUCCAGGAUCGCGACGACGAUGGACCGGAACUUGCAGACCUUAAACGGGCUAGACUCGAACGCGCUCAGUUCAUCGAAAAUGAAAUGAAGAAUGAUCGGCUUGAUUCUUGAGUUACUUCUCUUCAGUCUAGGAAUUCUAAUCAAAAUUAAAUAAAAAAAACCCAAAUCACAGGAUUCCCUUUGCUACACAUACUCUUGCUAUCUUUUUUUUUCCUACAUAUGGGUCACAUGAGAGAAGGGAAAAAAAGAAGAGUCUGAUCUUGACCUGCUAUCAUUUACUCAUUCAAAAUCGAAAAACUUGAAAAAAAAAAUCAAAGACAAAAAUGAAAAUAGAAAAAAAUAAGCAAGGUUUUUCUUUGGUGUUUGUUUUUGUUUUUGUUUUGGGGAGGAUGUUUAGAUAUGAAUAAGUUUGUUUGUUUUCUUGAUUGGUUUCAAUGGAUUUUUGUUUCUUUCUUUGUUUUUUUGGGUGGAUCCAUUAUUUUCAUUCCUCUUUAAAUUUCUUCUCAAUCUUCCAAAACCAACAAUCACAUGUGCUCAAAAAAACAACAACAACCACAAAAAAAGAAGAAAAGAAAAAAAGAA